AUGGUAGACAUUUUGAAGGAUUCGAAGAUGCUUCCAUCAUCGUCUGUUGCCGCCGUCGAUCGCAUUUUAAGUCUUCGCGGUGCUGCAUUACAGACAUUGGUUGCGUUAUCGGAGCGCAACUCAUUGGCGACCUAUUUUAAACGCUUUGCUUUUCAACGUUUGAAGUCCAAUGCUUUUGGUGUACAGGGUCUGUCUGGAUCUUCAGAUGACACGAGUUCUUUACGUUUUUCUCAGAGUCAAUUACGUUUACUUCGUCAGGAGCAGUUGAUGUUGAUGGCCGAGAAUGAGCGUUUGGUUUACGAGCUUCAAGAAAUACGUCGAUGUCGUUCUACAGGUCAAUUUCGUCGGAGUCAGCCGCGUGCUGUUCCGGAAUUUCGUGAAUCAAAGCUUUCUAAAGCAAUAGAUCUUACCCUUUCUGGUGGUCGCGAUAGCCGUUUAAGUGGAGCACGUAUUGCAUUGUUAUGUGCAUUAAUCGGUCGCCUUCGUUACAAGGUAAUGGGUGCGGUUUUCCGAGCACUUUCACGGCAACCGUUGAGAUCAUUGCGGUUUUCAUCAACCCGUUUGAUGGGUUAUGGCCAUUCUAACAUUCAACAGCUUACUACUCCCUGUAUGAUAUUGGAAAAUAUUGUUCGUUCUAUGGUACAUCGUACCGAGCGUCUGACUCUCCGCCUACUGGGUGCGUCUGUGAUUGGGAAGCCUACACCAUUACACUACCCAAUUCCCCAUCCAGACCCUUUAAAGGUUUGUGGCGGACUUAAUCAAACGGAAUCUCGGCCGGCUGGUAAGUGUUGUUUGUAUGUGAAUUAA